CCGUACAUGGACCGGGGAGGCGGGCCUGCUCCGCCCGCCGCUCGCAGCCUGCAGGGCGGCCGCAUGCCUCUCAUGUGCUCCGUCUCAUGACUCCGCCUCCCGGCUCCUCUUCACGUUAUGAAACGCGGACAGAGAGGACGCGGCGGCAGGCUCGGAUCUACUACAGUUGUCAAAGAUGCUCCGUGUCACCACUGCCUCCUUGUGCACCUACUGCCAGAGGAUGAGGGUCUUCCUGCCUCCCUCCGCCUCGGCCUCCACACUGACUUCUCCAAACAAGAGACUGGAGAACCAGCUCACAGUGGACUCCCUCUAUGAACUGUCCGUGGACGUCCGAAAGGUACGCAAGUUCAAGGCCUGGAUUCUGUCCGAGAACGAGGUGUACGUGUCUGAAACCGCCGACCUGCUGAGGGACAUGGGCGCAGACGCGACGAUAAUCGCCCGUAUCCUGGAGACUCACCCUGAAGCCGUCCUGUGUCGGCCGACGGACGUGGCCGCCCAGCGAGACCUCUGGAAGACUGUGUGCCCCAACAAGCGUGAACUGAUGAGCAUCAUUGAGAAGUUCCCGGCUUCUUUCUUCACGCUAAGUCACCAAAACAACCAGCGGGCGAACAUCCUCUACCUCCAGAGUCUGCGCCUUAAUAAGAGGAUCAUCGGCAAGCUGAUGGCGAGCGCCCCGCAGAGCUUCAGCCGACCAGUGGAGUUGAACAAAGAGGUCAUCCACACUCUCAGGGAGACCUACCUGGACUUGGGCGGAGACGAGGGCAACCUGCGCCUCUGGCUGCAGAAGCUGCUCAGCCAGAAUCCGCACAUCCUGCUGAGGCCGGCUGAGGCCUGGAGGGACAGUCUGGGCUUCCUGAGGGAGCAGGGCUUCACCACGGAGGAGCUCCUCAGCCUCGUCUCAAGCCUCAGAGCCUCCAUCGCGGAGCUGCGACCGGAGUCCAUGCACCAGGCGCUCGCUUACAUCGAGGGGGCGCUCGCCUGCUCCAAGGACGAACUGAAGCAAAUAGUGAUCCGCUGCCCUGCCAUUCUGUACUACUCCUUGCCCACACUGACCGGGCGGCUUCAAGGAUUGAUGGAUGCUGGCGUGAGCCUGGAGCAGGUGAAGGCAUCUCCAAACGUCCUGGAACUUACCACACAAAUCGUGCUUUAUCGUAUCCAGAAGCUUGCCUCCUACGGGUACGACGUGCGCUCCGGCAGCCUGGACGUUAUCGUGGGAACGAAGAAGGACUUUGAGAUGACACAUGGCAAGUUGCACCUCAGGCAGCAGCGGCCGCUCUUCAACCCUGUAGCUCCCCUCAGAUCUGCUGAGGACUGAAUGUCCUGUAUUUGUUGAUGAACUGCAAUAUGCUGUACAAAUAGUGUGGGGUAAAGUUUUAUGAAUGUUGAGUACUCAAACUGAACUUCAUGUCAGAUGCAUGAAGGGCUGCAGUUAAAAAUACCAAACCUCCAGCAGUACACUACUCAAAGUAUUCAGAGCUGCUUUAUUAUGCAACUAAUAACGUUUCAACCUGCUCUCCAAUGUGAUGCAGAGGCACAGCUGAGGGCUCGUGUCAACAUGACGCUGUGACUGUUUUCAAAACCUCACUCAGUUUUCCGAAAUGCUGUUAUUUUUUACUCCAGUUCGCCAUGGACCAUAUCAACUAACACUGACAGGAAGGCGUGGACGUGAGUGCCAAUCAUUAAUCUGUAUUUUUUUUGUAAACUAAGGUAUACUACUGGAACAAAACGAUUGUGGUAACUGAACAAUAAAUGCCAUGUCUGAAGUUGUA